GACGGUUUUCCUUCCUCCACUUCCAGACCUGUCGCGGGCUGCGCGCGCACGCCGGUCUGCGCGGGGCGGCGUGCCCGGCGAGAGCAGAAGGGAGGCUCGGGAGCGCGCGCACAUUCCUCGACUCGCUGCCCUCCGCCCCCUCUUCCCCCCCUUCCUCACCUUCUUCUUCCUACUUCUCCCCUUCUUCUCCGCGAAAAGCGAGCGUGGGAAAGCGCCUACAGUGUUUUAGGGCGCCCAGACCCCCUGCAACGACUCGUGUCGACUGAAAAAACAGUCACUCAUAGGCGAACUAACCACAGGCUCACAGGGUGUGCCCUGCCCCGUACGAUGGAGAUCGGAAUGGUUACAGCUACCCUCAGGAUACGUGAAUGAAUGAAGGUGAGGAUCCAGUCUCAGUCGGUCCAGUUCUGGUUCUGGUCCUGCAGCGGCUCAAGAUGGUCGCAGCUCACGCGUCCUCCGGCUCGUCGGAAUCUGAGUGGAUUGUUUGUCUGGACAAAAGGCCCGAGGAGCGCUCCGGGGAGGAUGUUGACAUCAUCAUGUCCCGACUUAGGGACGUGAAGGCCUUCAGAAGAUUCCACCGUGGCCUUCUGCAGCAGAUCUGUCUCUGUGGCUUCUAUGAAUGUCUGGAGAAGGGAAUCAUGUUGUACCGCCAAGGAGACAUCGGCACCAGCUGGUAUGCUGUUCUCUCCGGAUCCCUGGACGUGAGAGUGUCGGAGACUUCAAGUUACCAGGACGCCGUCACCAUUUGCACGCUGGGGACCGGCACGGCUUUUGGGGAGUCCAUUCUGGACAACACCCCUCGACAUGCCACUAUUGUCACCAGGGAAUUCAGCGAGCUCCUACGCAUCGAACAGAGAGCCUUCAGGUCUCUGUGGGAGAGAUAUCAUCAGUGCAUGGCUGGACUCCUGGCUCCGCCCUAUGGUGUGAUGGAAAGUUGUGCUCCUGACAGAAUGCCGGACAAAGAAAACAUACGGAACAACUCAUUUGUUUCCCGCCAUCACAACAAGAAGUCAUUCAUUGAAAACACUUUGAAACCCAAACCCCACCCUAGAUGGAGUUCCAAGGUUCCGUCUGAGAAGUUCCUGCGAGCAGCCAAGAUCCUGCGACUGGCUGUUCUCGCCAAAGCUCCUCACAUGAUCCGAGACAGGAAGUACCACCUGAAGACUUACAGGCAGUGCUGCGUCGGCAUUGAACUGGUGGACUGGCUGGUGCAGCAGAGCUCCUGCGUCCACUCUCGCGUCCAGGCGGUGGGCAUGUGGCAGGCGCUGCUGGAGGAGGGCGUCCUCCACCACGUGGACCGGGACACCAGCUUCCAGGACAAGUACGUGUUCUACCGCUUCCUGGACGAUGAAGACGAGGACGCGGCGCUGCCCGGCGAGGGGGAGGAGCCAGGGAGCCAGGAGGAGCUGCAGGACACUCUGCUGCUCCUCUCUCAGAUGGGACCAGACGCCCACAUGAGGAUGGUUCUGAGGAAACACCCGUCGGAGAGAACAGCAGACGAUCUGGAGAUCAUCUAUGAGGAACUCCUGCAUAUCAAAGCCUUAUCUCACUUGUCCAACACUGUGAAGAGAGAACUGGUGGGCGUGCUGCGGUUCGAGUCUCAUGCUAAAGCAGGAACAGUAUUGUUCAGUCAGGGUGAGGAGGGAACGUCCUGGUACAUCAUCCUGAAGGGCUCCGUUAACGUCGUGAUCCAUGGCAAAGGUGUCGUGUGCACGCUGCACGAAGGAGACGAUUUCGGGAAGCUGGCUCUGGUUAAUGAUGCCCCCCGCGCUGCAUCCAUCGUCCUGAGGGAAGACAACUGUCACUUCCUCCGGGUGGACAAGGAGGACUUCAACCGGAUUCUCAGGGACGUGGAGGCCAACACGGUGCGUCUGAAGGAGCACGGUCAGGACGUCCUGGUCCUGGAGAAGUGUCCCAGCAGCAGUCGGGAUUCCAUCCACGGAGCCGCCUCCUCGCACUACAAAUACAAGGUCAUGUCAGGGACGCCCGAGAAAAUCCUGGAGCACCUCCUUGAAAUGAUGCGGAUGGACUCAGGGUUCACCGAGUCAGACUCGGCGUUAGACGACUUCGUGCUCACGCACUGCGUCUUCAUGCCAAGCGCUCAGCUCUGCCCUGUGUUAAUGGCGCACUACCAUGCUCGGGCCUCGCAGGGCUCCGAGCAGGAGACGCUGGACUACACGCUCAACAACAAGCGCAGGGUCAUCCGCCUGGUGACGCAGUGGGCCGCAGUUCACGCAGACCACCUGCAGGAGGACGACGCCUCCCUGGCUUUUUUGGAGGACUUUUUCACUGUCGUGUCGGACGACGCGCUUCGGUUCCCACCGCUGUGUGAUCAGCUGUCGGAGCUGGAGAGAGUUUUGAAACACAAUGCAGAAGAUGUUUCGUCACACAAGAAGCACAAGGUUCUGCUGCGUCAGUUCAACCUGGCAGACGAGAAGUGUCAGCCCAUCAAAAGCUACGAUGAAAUUUUGUUCAAGGUCUUCUGCUACGAUCACACCUACAUCACCAUUCGCGUCCCAGUUUCCGCGUCCGUCUGCGAGGUCAUCGGGGCCAUGGCGGAAAAGCUGGGGUCGCCAGAGGACCUCGUCCUGGUCGGCCUCAGCUCGUCCGGAGACAAAGUCAUCUUCAAACCCGGCGACGUCUCCGUCUUCUCCAGUCUCACCAUCAAUGGACGACUGUUUGUCUGCAGGAGAGACCAGCUGGACUCCCUGACCCCGGUGCCAGAGCAGGAGGGCCCCUCCGCUGGCUCGCUGGCCAGCUUCGAGUGGAUAAGCUCCCGGGAUGUGGCCUAUCACUUGACCUCCUACGACUGGGAGCUUUUCCGCUGCGUGCACGAGCUGGAACUCAUCUACCACAUAUUCGGGAGGCAAAGCCUGAAGAAGAGCACGGUGAACCUGGACCUGUUCCUGAGGAGGUUCAAUGAGAUCCAGUUCUGGGUGAUCACAGAGGUCUGUCUGUGUUCUCUGCUCAGCAAGAGGGUGCAGCUUCUCAAGAAGUUCAUCAAAAUAGCCGCCCACUGUAAAGACUGCAGGAAUCUCAACGCUUUCUUCGCCAUCAUCAUGGGGCUGAGCAAUCCGGCGGUCAGCAGGCUGAGUCAGACCUGGGAGAAACUCCCCGGUAAAUUCAAGAAGUGUUACGAGGAGUUUGAGAACCUGAUGGACCCGUCCAGAAACCACCGAGCGUACCGUCUCACCGUCGCCAAACUGGAUCCUCCGCUCAUUCCGUUCAUGCCUCUGCUGAUUAAAGACAUGACAUUCACACACGACGGAAACAAGACGUUCACCGACAGUUUGGUCAACUUUGAGAAGAUGCGGAUGAUCGCCAGCACGGUGAAGCUAGUGAGAUACUGCAGGAGCCAGCCCUUCCGGCCGGAGUCGCCUCAGGCCAGCAAGAGCCAGCCCGAGGUGCGGAGCCUCGUGCGUCAGCUCAACGUGAUCGACAACCAAAAGAUUCUAACGCAGCUCUCUCACCGACUCGAGCCGCGGAGAUCUUGAAACCAGUCAGUGACACUGAUGCUGCCCCGACCUGCUGCGGGCCCCGGCGUUUAAUGGGCCGCUAGCAGGUGAAGUAGCUCUCCUCCAGAUGCAGCGUGUCCUCCCCGGGUCCAGUCACUUCAGGAGCAUUUUGUUGUAACAUUUGUGUGCCGACACUUAAUAAGCGCCCGCUAUCAUCACUUGUGUUUUUUUUUAAAUAUAUUUUUUAUCUAUUUAUAUACUUUAAAGUCUGUAAUAUUUCUUUUGUGUUGUACAUUAUAUGAGAUAUUUAUUUUUAUUAAUGGCAUGGAAACAGCUUUUAUUUUCAUUCGUUCUGUAGAUACUGAGAUGAGUGUAUAUUUGUUACGACAAAGGUUUUCACAA